AUGGGUGUUCGAACGUUUUUCAAGAAGAGGUCACUCAAAGUCUCCGACGACAGGGUGACCAAAGCCGCAGACCUUAGCUUACGCGAGUCCAUCUGGCCCAUUGCACUUGUCACAGUCUUGUUCUUCCUCUGGGGCUUCAGCUAUGGCCUCUUGGACACCCUGAAUAAGCAUUUCCAGGUGACUUUGAAUAUUGAUCGAGCAAGGUCUGCUGGACUGCAAGCUGCCUACUUUGGUGCCUACCCGCUUGCUUCUCUCGGCCAUGCCGCGUGGAUCCUACGACACUACUCCUACAAGGCCGUUUUUAUCUGGGGACUCAGUCUCUAUGCUAUCGGCGCCUUGAUUGCAAUUCCCUGUAUCAAAGCAAAGUCCUUUGGAGGUUUUUGUGCCGCCAUUUUCAUCAUCGGCAAUGGUCUUGGGUCUCUUGAGACAGCUGCCAACCCUUUUAUCACUGUCUGCGGCCCUCCCAAAUAUGCCGAAAUGCGAAUCAAUCUGUCACAAGCCUUCAACGGUAUUGGCUCGGUCGUUGCACCCGUUCUGGGUUCUUAUGUAUUCUUCAACUUUGACGAUGAAAAAGCAUUGGCAAACGUGCAGUGGGUGUAUCUUUCCAUCGCUGUAUUCGUCUUGCUGCUCGCCACCUUGUUCCUUUUCUCAAACAUCCCUGAGAUUACUGAUGCUGAUAUGGCUCAUCAGGCCGAAUCCUCCAACUCAGAUACUCAUGACAAGCCACUACGCAAGCAAUACCGACUAUUCCACGCCUCUUUCGCACAGUUCUGCUACUGCGGAGCUCAAGUGGCUAUUGCAAGCAUGUUCAUCAACUAUGCAACCGAAACAAGAAAGAACACCAGCGAUUCCACUGGCUCCAAACUCUUUGCGGGUGCACAGGCUGCAUUUGCUGUCGGUCGUUUCUUCGGCGUGUUCCUCAUGAAGUAUUUCAAGCCUCGCCACAUCUUCCUCGCGUUCUUGAGCAUGUGUGUGAUUUUCAUCUGCCCUGCAAUUACAGAGAGAGGCGAUACAGGAAUUGCCAUGCUUUACGUGGUAUUGUUCUUUGAAUCCAUCUGUUUCCCAACAAUUGUCGCUCUUGGCAUGAGAGGUCUCGGCCGACACACGAAGCGCGGUAGCGGCUUUAUCAUCGGUGGAGUCAUUGGUGGUGCUUGCGUUCCCCCUCUUACUGGUGUAGCAGCAGACAGACAUGGCACAGGAAUGGCCAUGGUUGUUCCUUUGGCGUUCUUUGUGGCAGCUUGGAGCUUUCCGUUCUGCGUCAAUGUUCUCCCUGGCUACAAGAAGGGUAUUGAUGCUUUUGAGAACACUGAGAACGAGCCAUCUAGUAUCGCCGAGUGGGGAGAGAAGGGCAGCCAAGAUGAGCAACGCCAUGAGACAGUGGUUGGGGAGGUCAAGGCCUGAUGGAUCUCAGUACUUUUUGGUGGGCUUUUUGUCCAUGGUGCAGUGACCUUAUUCUAUUCUACGUAUUUCUGAGACAAUCUACUGGUAUUUAUUAUACCACUUGGAUCGACCUUAGGGUCUAACAAUAAAAUCAAGUGGCUACAA